UUUCACAAUGGCGCUACUGGUGUUCAUCUGUCUGACCGUCGGCAUCGCCUCCGACUUGCCGUCCUCUGCUGCCAGCGUACUGCUACCUCUCCAGCAAGAACGACCGGCUGAGAAACAUGUCUGCCCUGAACUGGCUGGCACAACUGGUGCGCAAGAGCUGAGCGACGACGCGAAACAUAUCUGCCCAUCGCAAGAAAACAUCAUUGUUCCGAAGCCGAAAGCUCGCACUACGUUCACUGCGUUCAGGCGUUGUGAAAAUCUGGUGGGUGAGUCGAAAACCUCCAAACUCGCUCCUGGAAACUAUGUGUUCCAGUCACCCAACUACCCCGCCAACUACUCGGACAACACCAACAUUUCCUGGAGCUUCACAGUUGACGAGGGCAACAUCAUCAGCAUCGAUUGUGCCGACUUCGAUGUUGAAGGGUACGACAGCCCUUUUUGCCUAUAUGAUUGGCUUGAUAUAAACGGCAAACGUUUCUGCGGAAAUAACAGCACUGUCAGAAUAGUAUCAACCGAUUCGCUCCAUCUUCAGUUUAUAUCUGACAGCAUAUUUAACAGGAAAGGAUUCAGCUGCGACAUCGUCGUUAAGAACAAUCCUGCACCGGAUGGUGGCUCCAGUAUCAACUGCACCUGUGGACAGGUCAACCGCACCACGCGCAUCGUCGGCGGUACGGAGACGGAGGAGAGCGAGUACCCCUGGCAGGCGGGCGUGUGGCCCGUCUACGGGGAGCGGGUCCUCCUCUGCAACGGUUCCGUCCUCAGCAGCAGGUACGUCCUGACGGCGGCCCACUGCGUCCAGGGAACCCCCAGCGUCGUGAUGGUGAUGCUUGGCAACGUUCGCGGGAAUCCGCCGUCCGGUGAGGAGAGCUUUCAGGCCUCUCGCAUCCUCGUCCACCCACUGUGGGAGCAGAGCAGGAUCUUCCACGACUUUGCACUUCUGCAGCUGAAUCGUCAGAUUCCGUUCAGCAGCUACGUCAGCCCCGUGUGUCUGCCGACACCCGGGGAAACAUACGAAGACCUCGUGGCCACCGCGUCGGGACUCGGAAAACUGUCCACUGAAGGACCCGUGUCCGAUGCUCUCAUGGAAGUCGAUCUAUACAUCCUGGACCCCAUAAAUUGCGGGGCGAUGAUGCACCUGCUGGAGCUCCCCUAUAACAGCUCCGUGGUACUGUGCGCCGGCGGAACGGGGGGUAAGGGCACGUGCUUUGGAGACAGCGGCGGCCCGCUGGUGACCGAGGUGGACGGCCGGUUCGUCCUCGUCGGAAUCACCUCGUUCGGCAAGGGCGGCUGCGCCAUAGCUGACCAGCCAGCGUUCUUCGCGCGCGUCACUGGGGUGCUGGACUGGAUCGUCGAAAACACGGCCGACAGCACCUACUGCUCCUAGACGCCGUGGCGGGCGCCAUACGAGAAACACAAACGGAGGUGUACCUAACCCAUCGGAAUUCGAAUGUUUUAGUGUAGGGACUGAACAUCUGCAUAUACAAGGUAAUGGUGCUUCAAAUACAAUCUUAUCCAUCCCAAGAGUCUGCAAUUUAAUCAUGGUCUGCUCGUUAGAAUACACUUGCUACGCCUGGCACAUAAUGGCAGGCAGCUCAGGCAUUAAUCUACCCUGUGACUGUCUUCCAAUAAGCACCGAAGAGAGGAGGCAGCAUGCGCCUGUGUCCACGGACGUCGGCUCGGCCGCCGUGUGUGCGGAUGUCCGACGCAGCCUGCCGCCUUGUUGACACACCGAGUGCGACGCACGGACAAAACCCGACUGUAGUGUGGGCAUAGUCACGGCGUGCGGCUGGCCUCUCUGUUCCUCCCGCGGUGACGGAGAGGGACGCGCCGCUCCCGACACAGCCGCUGUGCGUGCGGCGAGGGACAGGCCCGGCCUCGGGACAGCUACUGGGAGGAGUGCGGAUUAUUCGGGCCGAGGGGUGAACGUGUGGGGUCACAGCCGAGCGGGGAACGUGUGCACUGUGCAAUGUGUAAUGUGCAUGGAUGCACGAUCCGGUGGAUGCUUGAGCUCCCUGGCUUACAUAUGUACCUACACUUGUAACAACUCUGUCGCUGCAUUAUAUCUGCCAUCUGGUUUUGUGUGAAGUUAAGAACAAGCAUCAGUAAUCGUACCUACCUACCAUGAAUUUUUGCCAAAUUCAUCUAGCAAAAUUAUUAAACUUGUUCUCUGGCACAGAUAGGAACUUGAAGCAAUUGCUGGCAAGCUUUAUGCGCUCCAAUUGUCUGUAAAAUGCCCGAAUUACACUUAAAUGCUAGGAGAGCAAUGGCUAACGUUUUGAAUGCGGACUUCCAUGCUUCGGCGCCUAUGGCUGCCUUCAAGGGCCCCAACUUCCAAUGAAUUAUGUAGCAUCAGCUGUUGAUAGUAAGGCGCAUAGUCCUUGCUAUCGCGACAUGUUGAAGAUACGAGGUGCUCUUGUUGAAUACUAAACAGGAACGUCCAAGAAAAGGAGGCAUAUGAAUACUAAUGCUCCGGCUCUGAAAAUAACGUCGCUGCGCUAUCAAGUUGAAGUGCCCCAAUACGAUGAGCUAUAAGUGCGAUCUCGCGAUAGGUACUCGGCAAAGUCUAAUAAAAUCAGGAAGCUGUCGAA